AGAUGUUCCAUUAUUGGUUAAAUCUCAAACUCCGGAAGGCAUGGCUGAGCAAGAGGUGAAGCUGUUGGGAGCAGGAACAAGCCCAUUUGUUCACAGAGUGAAAGUGGCAUUAGAACUGAAGGGAAUCCCAUAUGAAUAUAUACAAGAAGAUGUGUUCAACAAAAGCUCUCUACUUCUCAAGUAUAAUCCAGUCUUCAAGAAAAUUCCAGUGCUUGUGCAUAAUCAAAAACCCAUUUCUGAAUCCCUUGUCAUCCUUGAAUAUAUUGAUGAGACUUGGAAACACAACCCUAUGUUUCCUCAGGAUGCUCACGAGAAGGCCAUGGCUCGCUUCUGGGCAAAGUUCAUAGAUGACAAGGUUACUACAGCUAUAAGAGGAGUUUUAACAACUGAAGGAGUGCAACAACAGGAGAAUGAGAAGCACGCAAUGGAAGCUUUGCAAGUAAUCGAAGGAGAGCUCAAGGGUAAGAAAUUUUUUGGAGGUGAAUGCAUUGGAUUUGUUGAUAUAGUGAUGGGUGGGAUCACUUUAUGGCUUGAAGCUUUAGAAGAAGCAGCUGGUGUUAAAAUACAUGACCCUGAAAAGUAUCCUUCAAUAGACAAAUGGAUGCAGAAUUUUGCCCAGUUACCUGUCAUCAAAGAAUCCUUGCCUCAAAGGGACAUUUUGCUCCAAUACUUUAGAAAAGGUCGCCAGUUUUCACUUGCUUUAGCAGCUGGAAAAUAAUUUCACUCUCUCUCUAUUGGGAUAUUAUUGUUAGGUCUUUGAAUAUCAAAUUAGUUACGUAUUCAACUAAUGAUAUAAUAGUCAAGUGCCUCUUUCAUAAUGUCCCUGUUCACUACGCAUUCGACAUAUAAAAAAAUUCACUCUUCAAUA